AUGAUUCCUAUAGUUCCUAUUAUAAAAUAGUUUGUUCAUGAAGGAUAACAAUUCUUUACAGCAAAAGACAUUUUUGAUAAGAAAUAAAAUGAAUUAGUAUAAUUAAUUUGUUAAGUGACUUAAUCAUUAGAACAAGUUGAAUACUUUGAUAAUAUACAAGAAGAUUUAUAUAGAAGUGAAUAGAAACAACUAAUAUAACAAUGCAAGGAUCUUUUGCAUUCAGGUGAAUUACUAUUACAAUCGUUGCCUUCUAAUCUUACUUUGUAAUUUAUUUUUUUCUUAUUAGUUUAAGAAUAAACGGUUACUUUUACAGUAAGAGUAACAAUUAUAAGGAACUGUUAAUAUGUAUAGAAGAUUUAAAUAAAAUAAAUGGUUAAAUACAUGAAUUAGAAUUGUAAUCUUUAGAGAUUCUAAAAACAGUAGUAAUACCUAAUUUCUCAAGAAAAUAAUCAUUCUAAUGUAUAUAAUAUUGAUUAUGAUUAGAAUCAAUAUAUGAAAUUCAAAUUGUAUUAAAACUUAAAGCUCCUAAACUAAUUAAAGAAAUAUUUGAUUAAUACCCUAGACAUCUAAAAAGUGAAUACAAAUUUAAAUUUCAAAUGGAAGAUGCUGAAUCUCAUAAAAAUAUAUUCCAUUUUUCAAGAAAGGAAUUUAUAAAACUCUAAUAAAUAAUGAAGGAAGCUAAAAUAUAUACCUUAUCCAAAAAAAAUCAUUGUACUUUAGAAAUGAGGAAUUCUCUUCAAUAUUCUAAUUCUAAAAAAAAUACUUUCAUUCCUGAUACAAAGUUUAUAUCAUCUGAAAUAAUUUCAAUAGAAAAUUUAUAAUAAGAUUAAGAUAAUAAGUCUAAUUUAUUAAAAUUAUUUUUGGUUGUAAAUGGAUAGAAUGGAACUACAGUUAUAAGAAAUUAAAGAACUAAUAUGCAUGUAGGUCUUGGUUAAGAAUGUGAAUUGUUUGAAAAAGAUUAGAUAGUUAUUUUAUAAGAUUCUAAUCAAGACCCAUUAAUUUCAUAUAUAGUUUAANUUAUUAUCAAUAAAAUACUUACUCUUUUACUUACUCCUAAUUUAAUUUAUUAUCAUUUACCUAUUAAUUUUGAAUCUUAUACUCUUGUCUUAGAUAUGGAUGAAACUAUUAUUUAUUAUGAUGGAGAUAAAGUUCAUCAACGUCCAUUCUUAUUAACUUUUUUAAAAUAAAUGAGCAGAAUAUAUGAAUUAAUUUUAUUCACUGCAGGCUUAGAAUCAUAUGCUAAUAGAAUUUUAAAUCAACUUACUAUUAAAAAAUACUUUAGUUAUCUUCUUUUUAGAUAACAUACUAAUAUUUAUUAAGAUUUCUAUGGAAAAGAUCUUAGAAAAUUAGGAAGAUUAUUAUCAAAAACUAUUAUUAUAGAUAAUACUCCUGAAUGUUUUAGUUUAUAACCAGAAAAUGGAAUAUAAAUUUAGACAUGGAAAGGAGAAUAAUCUGAUACACUUCUCUUAAUCUUAAUACCAAUAUUGAAAACUAUUAGAUUUAGUAAUAAAGAUAUAAGAAUGAAAUUAAGAGAAUAUAAAAAUUAUUCUGGUUUAAUAUUCCCUAAAUGA